AUGAGAAAACUGAAGCCAAAGGAAAUUAAGUGCCUCACCCAGGGUGACACAGCUUACACAGUCUUCCCAAUGGCUACCAACACCACAGCCCCUGCACCAAUCCCGUCCAGCCUCAUGUUUAUCCGGUCCCUGUCCAUCAUACUGCUCUCACUGGCCCUGGUGUUGGGACUUCCUGGAAACAGCUUUGUGGUGUGGAGUAUCCUGGCCCAGAUGCGACAUCGCUCUGUCACGGCCCUUCUGGUCCUGAACCUGGCAGUGGCUGAUCUGGCUGUGCUACUUACUGCACCUUUCUUCCUCCACACCCUGGCUGGUGGCACCUGGUCCUUUGGUCUGGCUGGUUGCCGCCUCUGCCACUACAUCUGUGGAGUCAGCAUGUAUGCCAGCGUCCUCCUCAUCACAGCCAUGAGCCUCGAUCGCUCCCUGGCUGUAGCUCGCCCUUUCCUCUCUCAGAAAUUUCGAACCAAGUCAGUCGCCUGGAAAGUCUUGGUGGGCAUCUGGGUGGUUUCUACCUUCUUGGCAGUCCCUGUUAUUGUGUACCGGCAGGUACACGCAGUGGCGCCAGGCAGAGUGAAAUGUGAAGCGUGCUACUCUACCCUUGGCCACGCAGCUUUCCAUUUGCUCUUUGAGUCCAUCACAGGCUUCGUGCUGCCUUUUGUCGCAAUUGUGGGCAGCUAUUCAGACAUUGGGCGGCGCCUGCAGGCCACUAGGUUCCGUCGGAGUCGCCGUACUGGACGUCUGGUGGUGCUGAUCAUUUUGACCUUUACUAUCUUCUGGCUGCCCUACCAUGUUGUGAACCUGGGAGAGGCAUCCAGGGCCCUGGGUGGGUAUGAAAUAGGGGAGGGAUCGGCAGGGAAGAAGCUGAGCUUGGCUCGAAACAUUCUUAUUGCCCUAGCCUUCCUGAGUAGCAGCCUGAACCCUAUACUGUAUGCCUGUGCUGGUGGUGGGCUACUCCGCUCAGCUGGUGUUGGCUUUGUAGCCAAGCUCCUUGAGGGCACUGGCUCAGAGAUUUCCAGCACCCGGAGGGCCACCCAGCUUCAAACACCCCGUAGCAACCCCAAUAAUCCUCUGGAACCCGGACCAGCAGAGGAGCUCACUCUUUCCACCAAUCCCACUGACUGA